GGAGGGCCCGGUGCGCUCCGGGAGGCGGCGGCCGGGGCCGGAGAGUGUCAGGACUCGGGUCUGAGCGUGGCCGGACCCCCUCUAGCCGAGGAUCGCAGAGAGGACGCUUUUGCAAUGGGACCAGCUCCCGCCCCAGGAGCCCCUGGCCACCCGGCCUGAACGAGGACGGGAAGAGCUGCCUGAACCGAGGGGUGUCUCAUCUGCGGCGCUGAGUACCCUGCAAUUCCCUGGGCCGGCCGGGGGUUGGGGGCGUCGCUACUGGAGGGCCACACCAUCUCCAGGGGCCUCUUAAGGGCCCCAGACCGCCCUGUGCUCUCUGUCGACCUUUUGCCUUCUGCAAAGAGCCCUAAUUCCUGGGGUCGCUGCCCCGGGUCGCUCUCUGGAGUCCACGGCAAGAUCCCACCCCCGCCGAGACCGAGUUCAGCAAGUUUAGCCAAGAAGUCCCAGAGCCUACAUGGCUAGGCCUGGCCAGGCAGCUCCGCGUGGACUCCACGGGCUCCGAGUUGUGCAGUGCCCGGCCGGCAAGAGAGACUGGUUGACGGGUGCCGUCAAUAGGGUUGAGACCAGAGCCCGGCGGCCCUUGGGCUCUAAGCUUCAAGGCAGAGUCACAGUGGCAGCUUUGAAAGUUGGACACCCAGAUCCCUGAAGUGAUCUCUAGGCUACAGCCUCAAUCUGCCACCAUUCCUUGCUGCGGGGACACCAUGGCUCCAGAGGAAGAUGCCGGAGGGGAGGCCCUAGAGGGCAGUUUUUGGGAGGCCGGAAACUACAGGCGGACAGUGCAGCGGGUGGAAGAUGGGCAUCGGCUGUGUGGGGACCUGGUCACCUGCUUCCAGGAACGUGCCCGCAUCGAGAAGGCUUAUGCCCAGCAGCUGGCUGACUGGGCCCGAAAGUGGAGAGGCGCUGUGGAAAAGGGCCCCCAGUACGGCACGCUGGAGAAGGCCUGGCACGCCUUCUUCACGGCGGCUGAGCGGCUGAGCACGUUGCACCUGGAGGUGCGGGAGAAGCUGCAGGGGCAGGACAGCGAGCGGGUGCGUGCUUGGCAGCGGGGCGCCUUCCACCGGCCGGUGCUGGGUGGCUUCCGUGAGAGCCGGGCUGCCGAGGACAGCUUCCGUAAGGCCCAGAAGCCCUGGCUGAAGAGGCUGAAGGAGGUUGAGGCUUCCAAGAAGAGCUACCAUGGAGCCCGGAAGGAGGAGAAAACAGCCCAGACUCGGGAGAGCCACGCGAAGGCAGACAACACGGUCUCCCAGGAGCAGCUGCGCAAGCUGCAGGAGCGGGUGGAACGCUGCACCAAGGAGGCCGAGAAGAUGAAAACUCAGUAUGAGCAGACACUGGCAGAGCUGCAUCGCUACACCCCACGCUACAUGGAAGACAUGGAGCAGGCCUUCGAGACCUGUCAGGCUGCUGAGCGCCAGCGGCUUCUCUUCUUCAAAGACAUGCUGCUCACCAUACACCAGCACCUCGACCUCUCCAGCAGUGAGAGGUUCCAUGAGCUCCACAAAGACCUUCAUCAAGGUAUUGAGGCAGCCAGUGACGAAGAGGAUCUGCGCUGGUGGCGCAGCACCCAUGGGCCAGGCAUGGCCAUGAACUGGCCACAGUUUGAGGAGUGGUCCUUGGACACACAGAGGAUAAUCAGCCGGAAGGAGAAGGGUGGCCGGAGCCCUGAUGAGGUUACUCUGACCAGCAUCGUGCCCACAAGAGAUGGCGCUGUGCCCCCACCUAAGUCCCCGGGGUCCUCAGGUGGUGGGCAGGAUGAGGAGUGGUCAGAUGAAGAGAGCUCCCGGAAGGUUGCCACUGGGGUGCGGGUUCGGGCACUCUAUGACUACGCUGGCCAAGAAGCUGAUGAGCUGAGCUUCCGAGCAGGGGAGGAGCUGCUGAAGAUGAGUGAGGAGGAUGAGCAGGGCUGGUGCCAGGGCCAGCUGCAGAGUGGCCGCAUUGGCCUGUACCCUGCCAAUUACGUGGAGUGUGUGGGGGCCUGACCACCUUGACAGCCCUUCUGCAACGUUUCUCCACCCUGAACCAGAGCCUAGCUUCUCCUGGAAAGCGAGACCUGAGGACCCUGAACCAUUGUGCCCCCGCUGCCCUUGAGGAAGGAGAGAGUCCAGGGAACUAGGGAGGGGAGGGUCACGUGUCCAGGAAGGGAUUGGUAGGGAAGGGCCAAUUUGAGUCUAGGCUGAGGGUAAGAUGGGGAGGUCAGGAAGUGACAGAAGGGCUCAGGGAUACCUGGGCCUCCCCAGGAGUGCUUCGGUCUCCCCAGGAGCUGCAGAACCAGUUCCUGGUCUCUGAGUUUUGGGGUUCCUGGGGUGGGCUUGGGGUGAGUGUAGUUCUGGACUAGCAGCACUCUUUUGUGGCUUGUUCUAGUGUGUAUUAAACUUGAGGAAAAAAGCA